GGAAUAGCAUUACAGAGUCAUUUUCUAAUGCAUUCCAGAGUCAUUUUCUAAGGAGUGUGUACAGUUUUCUUCCUUAACUGGAGCAAGCUAGCUAGCUAGAUAGCUCAAAAAUGAAGAAAACGAUGGUGAGGAGGGCAGUUGUUUUGGUGCAGGUUUUGGCAAUGGCCGCAGCGGUCAUGCCACUGCUCUCAGGAGCUCUGGAUACUCAUCGGGUGAAGCGAUUGGCAGCCACAUACAAUGUGACUUGUGUACUAGUUUUUGGAGACUCAAGCGUUGAUCCUGGCAAUAACAACUAUCUGGCUACGCCCAUGAAGGGUAAUUUCCUUCCUUAUGGGAAAGACUUCUUCAGAGGCCGCCCUACCGGACGGUUCAGCAAUGGAAGGCUAGCCACAGAUUUUAUUGCGGAAGCUUUGGGUUACACAAAGGCGAUUCGACCCUUCCUUAACAAGAGAUUGAGGCCAAUUGAUAUCUUACAUGGUGUUAGUUUCGCAUCAGCUGCUUCUGGUUAUGAUGAGCUCACUGCCAAUCUCUCUAAUGUCCUGCCUGUUUCCAAGCAGCUGGAGUAUUUCAGGCAAUAUAAGAUCCGGCUGAGACAAUUGGUUGGUGCAAGGACAGCAGAAGAUAUUACCAAAAAUGCCGUAGCUGUAAUGAGCAUGGGCACAAACGACUUUCUCCAAAACUACAAUUUAGAACCCAUUCGCCCUAAGCAAUAUACUUUGGAAGAGUACCAAAUUUACUUGGCCUCUUGCAUGUCUCAGGACCUUAAGACGAUGCAUAGUCUUGGAAUUACACGAUUAGUGGUUGUUGGGGUCCCCCCUCUGGGCUGCAUGCCCCUUGUCAAGACACUAAUGAACCGGGAUACAUGUGUGGAGAACUAUAACAAUUUCUCCGCCUCCUUCAAUUCCAAGAUAAAAGCGAAGUUGGCAACCUUGAGGACAACAUUAGGGAUGAAAAUUGGCUACGUUGAUGCUUAUGGCAUCAUUCAGGAUGCCGUGAACAACCCAAAAAAAUAUGGUUUGAUUGAAAUUUCAAAAGGGUGUUGUGGGUCGGGGACCGUAGAGUAUGGAGAUUCAUGCAAAGGCUUGAGCACAUGUGCUGAUGCAUCAAAAUAUGUAUUCUGGGAUGCUGUUCAUCCGACAGAAAAAAUGUAUGAAAUAAUCGCUGACCAGGCUAUAGAUUCCCUCGAAGAACAGCUGAUGGGCUAGCUGGAAUUUUAGGUAGAUCGGUAAGUGUGGUAACUAAGUAUGCUUGCACGAAGAGUAGUCAGUAUAUAAGAGAAUGUUUUGUUUAGUUUGGCAAGAUAUUUCAGUUUGUAUUGUCUGGUAUCCAUGUGUCUCGUAGUAUUUUCAAAAUGCAUCCAGAAAGAUAUGAGGUAACUUAUCCCUGCA